UCCGGGAAGGCUCUUCCACGUAGUAGCCUGUCACACACGCACACAUCUAUCUAUCUUAAUAAUCUUCCGGGCAAGCCAAGCCAAGACAAGGCAAGGCAAGGGAAGCGAGGCGCAGGGACAGAGAUAGAGAUGUCGUGGAGGCCGGAUCGGAGCGACGCGCACCUGACCCCGGAGGAGGAGGAGAGGAGAGAGGCGGAGGCGCGCGACUACUUCGAGGGGAUCGCGCCCAAGCGCCACUCCAAGCCGUCCCGCAGCGACUACUCCUCCGUCUACGCCGACUCCCUUCCUCCCUCCCGCCGCGACGACUCCAUCCCCGAGCACCACAAGUUCCAACACCUCGAGGCCAACUCCGGCCAGAAGUUGGUUUGCGAAGGUAGUGAGGUGGUAGAGGAAUACGUGCAGACAGAGUACUACGAUGAUCUCAACUGCGUCGACAAGCAGCACCACACUACUGGUACAGGCUUCAUCAAGAUGGAGAAAUCCAAUGGCAGCUCCUUCCAAAUUACGCCUGACACUGAUGCAUCCGACGGCCAUGUUUCCUGCAGGGGCAAUCCGGCAACAAAUGAGUGGAUACCAUCUGCUGAUACGGUGGUUCCAACGUCGCACAAACCUUACAGGAGUGAUGUGUGACUUAUGGAAUGAAUAAUCACCGAGCAAGUGAAAGACGCACAUCUACCGUCUGGUUGCUUCCAAUUUCAGGGACAAAGAAAUGUGCCUAGUUAGUUAGCUCCUUGAAGAGCUAUGUGGUGGAACCAUUGUAAUUUCAGCCAUGUUAUAUCUAUUUCCAUUUGCUUCAUCUAUUUUUGCAUAAAAAUCUUGCUUUAUAACAGCUAUUAUGGUCUGUCUGCCAGUUAUAUAUUUGCCACCCUACCAGAAGCUAAAUAACAUUGUGUAAGAUUUUAUUCCUGUAAUUCUUAUUGCAUCCCAGGAACUAAAAUAGCAUUUUACCUGA